CGAUAUUUUAAAGAUAAUCGCGCCCGUUGUUAUCUGAUGGUCGCAAGCAAAGGUUACGUGCGCUAUCUGGAGCAGCGGAUAAAAACGGUCUUCGAUUUGCGCGGCCCUUUUUGUCUGUGCACCGAUGGAUACCUGUUGCCGUCGUCCGAACCACUCGCCCUGCUCGCUCCUGGAGAUGUUAUAGAAGUUGUACCCCUUGAAGAAACACAAGAGAGUUCUCCUCCAGCCGUACAUGUAAAAGAAGAGAAAGAGGCGCCACACCAGGAGAAUUCCCGUACAGCAGUCGACGGCAGAAUGAAUGAUCCGUACUUUCUUGAGCUAUACGCGCGCCGAAGACAAACUUUGGAGUCUUUACGAAGCGAGCAUCGCUUCUUACUGAACAUGGAUCUGUUGCGCACGGAGAGAGCUGAGGCACCGCCGCGCCGAGUGCGUUGGGGAACGCGCAGCCCGGAGCCGCGAGCUGAGCCGGAGAGGGACCAGCCAUAAGUUACGUCACAGUCGCGGGGGGGGGGGGUCAGGGGACCCACGAAGUGUGACUGGGGGUGGGGAGGAGAUCAAUGUUUUGUGACAUUUCAUUUCAAAAUAUAAUAGAUGUGUUGGAUAUUAAAAGGAAAUAAUAAUAAAAUCGAAA